AUGCAGGAAUAUAAGUUUCGCGUUGACGUCCUGAUUAUCGGAGCCGGGCCCGUGGGUCUAAUUACGGCCUUCCAGCUCGCCAAGUUCGGUGGGGUGUCCGUAAGGAUCAUAGAGAAAGUGACCAAGGAAAAGCAAAAUGCGUACGGGCGAGCCAUCACGCUCUUUCCUCGAACUAGCGAGAUGCUUGACCAACUAGGCCUUGCCGACGAGCUGCUGCAGGAUUGCUUUGCUUGCCAUGACACCGUAACUUACAAUGCUCAGGGCGAAGAAGUUCACGGUCGAGGAUGGAGCUUCAUGCAGGAUAUGAAAGACACUGCAUUCGACUUCGCUCUUGUGCUGAGACAAAAAUUCCAAGAGGACAUAUUUCGAAACGCACUGGCAAAGUACGAUGUGCAAGUGGAGACGCCCGUAGAGUUGAUGUAUGCUGAGGUGGAUCAUCAUACCGAAGUUGGAAACUACCGAGUCGGGGCAAUCCUAAGGGAUAAUCUCAAGAAAGAGACCGAAUUAGUGUUCUGCAAAUACCUGAUAGGCUGUGAUGGCGGGCAGUCGUCUGUCCGAAGUAUAUUCAACAUCCCCUUCGAAGGUACUACAACCGAGGACAGGUGGGUGAGAAUAGAUGGCCAAGUUAAGACUGAUCUACCUAAGCCCCGUACUUAUUGUUCCAUCGAGUCUCCUACUCACGGAAACGUGCUUUGGGCUGCACUUGACCACGGAGCUACCAGGAUAGGCUACGCCUUUUCUGAUGAUCGAGCGAGUGCAUACACCGUGUUCGACCAGGCUGCCGCUGUGAAAGAGGCUGUUGCUGCUGUCAAACCCUUCCAUAUCGAGUUCGAGCGUGUCCACUGGUGGACAAUCUAUACGGUGGGACAGCGCAUAGCCAAGCAAUUCUUCGCUGAGGACUGCAUAUUCCUUGCCGGGGAUUCGUGCCAUACCCACUCGUCGGGCGCGGCUCAGGGGAUGAACACCGGGAUCCAUGAUGCCGUGAACCUGAGCUGGAAGCUGAGUCUAGUGCUGCGAAAACUCGCAUUGCCUAGUCUCCUAAAUACGUAUCAAAGCGAAAGGCUCCCUAACGUUCAGCGGCUUAUUCAGUACGACAAGGAUAUCAGCCGACUUAUGACAAAUCGGCUUCCUGAAAAUUGGCGAGGAGAUCCCGAGGCAGACGUCAAUGUAGUCCUUGGGCAGAUCUUGAAGGAAGCUGGGGCCUUUAAUAGCGGGCUUGGUAUCUCCUACGAGAUCUGCAGAAGCAACUUCUUGAAUGUCCCUGGCUCGUUCCGCAGCUUGGAGCCGACGGUCGGACCGGGGAUGAGAGGCCCGGAUAUCACGCUCUUGCGUCCAGGGACGUUUGAGCCGACAAGGUUGAUACGUGAGCUUCCUAACCUAGCACGCUUCAACGUGCUUGUUUUCGCGCCAGAGAAUACGCCUGCAAGCGUAAGCAGAAUAUACAAAGGCCUGAGUGAUUCUAUUCUAUUUCAGCCUCUCCAAGAGAAGGGGUGCGUAACUUUCAUAACCAUCCUCCCUCACCGUGCAUCGUCGCCAUACGAAUUGCUUCAAUAUGAUCGUCUUGGCCGUGCUUUUUUCGACGAGGGCGGCCAUAGGUCAUAUCAACGCUUCGGAAUUGAACCCGCAAAAGGUGCUAUUGUAGUCCUAAGACCAGAUGGUUGGAUUGGCACAAUGAUUAGUUUGGACGACGGGGACGAUGGUGCAGUGACCGAGCUUAUUGGGUAUUUUGGCAUCGUAUUUCUUGGACUGGUGGCGCAUAUUUGA